CGAGUCGAAAAUAUCUUGAUAGAAAACGUAAAAAAUCAAAGCUUGGCGUAUUGGCGGUUUCCAUCAACACACUCGGGGUGCUGCGGUGGGCUCGUUUGUCUUGGCUCAUACGCCGCGCAGAGAACGCGAAAAAAUAAACCGAGAAAAGUGAAGCCGUGAAAACAUUGCCGGCCGAGCGGACGCCGGGUUGAAGGCGAGACAGAGCACCCGUUCACGUUCACGUCGUAGUAAGCGAAAACAUGGCAUGCUGCUGGAGCAGCCAGCUCGCGCGCUGACUUUGCGUAGUCACCUUGCCAUGUCUGCGGAGAUUUACCUUUAUUAUUGAGCUGACAUUUGGCUCGUGACCUUCAUCGACCUGUCGCGUCUGUUGCAGUGCAUGAAGUCGUACGUCAUGUUCGAGAUCCUGGAGGGCGCGUACGAUAUCUCGUGCCCGGACGCCCAGUGCGCGCUGGAGGGGGUCGUCACCAUGGCCGAGAUCGAGAGCCUUGUCGAGACGCCCAUGGUCGACAAGCACAAGAGAUUCCGGCUCAACAGAGAGGUGGACCGCGACGCCACCCGGACGUGGUGCCCGCGGGCGGGCUGCGAGACGGUGUGCACCAUGUGCACCCCGAUGGUCGGCGGUGCCAUGGGCGGCGGCGUGGGCGGCGCCAGCGAGCGGGCGGAGCGCGCGGAGCGGUGCCAGCCGCAGCCCGUGCACUGCCCGUCCUGCGACACGGACUUCUGCUCCGCGUGCCGCACCGAGUGGCACCCGGACGUCAUCUCGUGCGAGGAGAACCAGAGGCGACUGGCGGCGCGGGGGCUGCUGCCCGAUCCGCCGCUGCUCUUCGACUCGGACCUCAUCAAGCUGUGCCCCAUGUGCCAGGUGCCCAUCGAGAAGGACGAGGGCUGCGCGCAGAUGAUGUGCAAGCGCUGCAAGCACGUCUUUUGCUGGUACUGCCUCGCCUCGCUCGACGACGACUUCCUCCUGCGGCACUACGACAAGGGCCCCUGCAAGAACAAACUGGGCCACAGCCGCGCCUCCGUCAUCUGGCACCGGACGCAGGUCAUCGGCAUCUUCGCUGGCUUCGGCAUCCUGCUGCUCGUGGCCUCCCCGCUGCUGCUGCUGGCCGCGCCCUGCAUCGUGUGCUGCAAGUGCCGCGCCUGCGGCGGUGCGGGCAAGCUGGACGCCGAGGACGAUCUCCCCGGCGACGAGUCGGCGUCGCACUCGGCCACGGCCUCCUGAGGAAGCCAAAGGCGUUUCCGCUCCCUCCGCGCGGGGGACGAGGAACGCAAACGGCGCCGCCACCGGUCCCGCUCCAAGCGGGGCUCGCGGGGCUCCCGCACGUCCGGGGCCGGGGCGGCCGGGGCGGUGCGCAAGUCCAGCAAGAAGCCCGCCUUCACGGACGUGCCAUGGGUCGAGGGGAAGGUCGUCAACUACAUGAUACGCAGCGCCAGCUUCCCCCCAGGCGGCCCCGACGGCAGUAGCCGCUGGUCCGGCGCCGGCGAAUCCAGCGAGAACGCCGCCGACGAAGCUGGAGAGGACGGGCACGACGCUGACGAGACUGAGGAACUCUGGGGUGGACCUGGAGAGGUGGGUGACCCGGGAGAGGAGGCCCAGUCCAGUGACUGUUGCUACUUCUCGUAUGGCGAGCCUGGUGGCGGGACUGCGGAGCCAGAACAGAAUCGCCCUGCCCAGUCAGAGGACAUAAGUUGUUACUUCUGCUACUUGCAUGGCGAAGGUGGUGCUUAUGGUGAAAGUGUUGGUGCUGUAGGGAAGUUUGGUGACCGCAACUUGACUUGGAGAGAAAAGGAGUGCAGUUGUUUCCCUCAUGGUGAAUCUGACGAUGAAUCUGAGGAAAACCGACUGCCUGUCCCAGAACAUCAAGUGAUGGGGCUCAAAGACUCCCAGGACGAAGACCAAGACUGGCAAAACUCUUUGAGCCAGGCAUCUGGGCGACAUCAUCUGGGGCAACGAAUGGGACAUCUCCUUGGAGACAUUCAGGAAGAACCACCAUCAGAUGUAACUGUGGAGGAUCCUCUUGUAAAAGGAUUGCUUACGACAAGGCUGUGAAUAUUUAACCCAUGAACAUGCUCAUUGCCACUCAAUGACUAAAUGAUAAAAUAUGGUUAAUGAUGCCAAAAGUGUUUAUAUUUGUGAAAAUGUGAGAUUGAAAACUUAGUCAGAUAGAUUCAUCAGUCAUCUUUUACCCCUGCUUUUCUAUUUUGUUGAAAACAUAAAAAUUAUGUCUGAUCUUUUUUUCAGUUGAAACGUGGUUUAUCUUUUGUAAAGUGCUAUUUCAAAUAUUGAUUUUUCACCAGUGUCAGUCCUAUAUAUAUAUAUCUGGAAGUUAAACGAGGCACCCUAAUCAAGUGAUUUGUUAACAGUGGAGCUAGAUGUUAAUUUUUAUGCAGAAUUAUGAUUUUGUUAAAGUCUGAGUGAAGUUUUUUUCUUUAAAAAUAAUGGAAGAUAGUUUAUAUAUGAGUGUUGGUAAUGUGUGUGUGAGAGAGAGAGAGUGUGUGUGUGUGAGAUAGAGAGAGAGAGAGAAAGUAUGUGCAUGUGUGUGUUUGAGAAAGAGACAGAGAAUAUAGGAGUGUGUUAAAUAAAAUGUGCUGCCUCUGAGUCAAAUUUUGGAUGAUGCACAAUAAUUUCCAUGGAGCUCUUGCUUUGGUCAAGAAUUAAGUCUGAGUGUCACAGAAAAUUUGAAACACUGUACACAAAUUGUUUUCUAUCAGCCUAUGCUUCAAUUUCAAUCAUCCAGGAGAGCUCUUGAAAAGGAAGUUAAAUGUUCCAUAAUUUUUCUAUUCAUUCCACAAUUUUUAUGAAAUUGUAUCCCUGACAGUAUCCAGUUUCCAUAAGUGUAGUGUACAAUUUCCUACUUCUAUAAUUUCUGACAUGUCCAUGUACUUGCAGUAUAAACAGAUACUGUGCCAUUUUGUACAAUACAUGAUUUAUGCACUACCAGUCAGUAUUGGUAGCAACUUUCUUCCUUAAUCAAUGAGAAUUUGAAUAAAAGGGCUAGCCUCUCUUACAUAAAACUGAUUUACCAAUUGUGAAUAUGUAUGCGGCUGUAAAGAACUCAUAAAAUUUGGGGUAAACCCACAGUAAAUAAAUGUGUACUUUGUGUGUGAAUUCCUUCUCCACGCUACCCAUGUUGACUGAAAUUUCAUUGGGUAGAUGGAAAGGCGCAGAAGCUACAUUAGUGUUCCUUGGUUCUUUAGAAAACCUUGAUGCCAUACACUGUAACUAUGAAAGUUAAGAACACAGUAUUAUGACUGUACCCUCAAUGCAAUGACCACAGAUAAACCUGAUUGACAAAAUGUUACUUGUGUAAAAUAUGCAUUCAAUGUUUCCCUAUUACUGCAAAGAGCAUGCCAUUUCUUAGGAUGGUCUCAAACUUGAUCUCUUUAUUUUACAACAUUUCCAGAAUAUAGACCCUUAAAUUGCUCCAAGUUGUAUAAAUCCAUCAAAUAUUUGAUAAUCUAAUACCAAUCAGAAAUUGUCUGUGAUGACAAAAUAGAAAAUAAUGUGCAUCAUUAUUGAUUUUCAAAAGGUUGCAUAUUACUUGUGAUUUAAAUGUUCUUAGGGCUUCAGGUGGCUUUUCUAGUCAAUGCCUGAUAAAAGACUUAUUUUAAAACAGGACUGUCCUUUUUGCUCCUGAAGCUUUGCUUUAUGGGUGCUAAUGUUUGAAGAAUUGAUUUCUUAUGGUCAUUGAUUUGCAAAUUGUACCAUUAACUAAAUGCAUUGCUAUAUUUCUUCAUAAAGUAUCAAAAUUACAUGAACAUGAAGUUUUUCAAAGUAAGUUGUGAACUACCACAUUUUGUUAAGACUAUUGAUUUUUUUUAAAUGUGUUUCAAUUGCAAUACAGGUGCAAGCCUCUAGUCUUUUCCUUAUUCCUUUUGAUUAGAAACUGUGUGUACAUUUUGCGAGGCAAAUCUAAAACAAAGAAACAAACAACAAAGUUAACAGACUUCUAUCAUAGGCCUGUAUAUGUGUGUGUAAAUUCACUCUCAUUAAAAACUAAUUAAAAGCAUGCACUGAGUAGAAGAUGUCUAAGUGUGCCUUUGCAAAUCAGAGUCUAUAAAAUAAUGAAAAAGAAUCAAAAACACAACAAAAAACAACAUAAUAGAGAAUAUAGUUCCCUUCUUAAUUUAUUUGUUGCCCACUGUCUGAAGUACCAGUUCUUGUCGACAAAUUUGUGAACUCACAUGUUUGUAUUCACACAAUGUAUCUCUUGUCUUCUAUCAUACAAUCUCUCACACACAUACACACGGUAAAUUGACUGAUUAAUAACAUUCUGUACAGGAGAGAAUAUAGUACCAAAAUAAAUGUAAUAGUGUACUGGUUAAAUAUUAUGGAAAAACGAAUAAUCUUACAAAAUAACAUUCCUUCAGGAACAAAAUAGCCUUUCAGCCUAUAGUCAUGAAACUAAGCAGUUUCUACCGGUACAAUUGCUGUCAUGGUAAAAGAACAAAAAGGAUAGAGAUUUUUAUGUCUUGUAAAAUUUGAGUCACUUGUUAGCCUCUCAAAUAUGAAACACAAUGGUUUCACUUUAUAUUUCAACUCUUCUGUCAAAAGUUCCAGUGAAUUUAAACUUUACUCAUUUCACAUUAUGAACUAAUGGGGCUGCUUUCUCAACAGGGAAUUUCAUUUACCAUGUCUUAUCAGAGAGGAAUUGAUUGUUAAGGAAUAAGUGCCAAGGUUGUGCAAAGGAAUUAUGUACUUAAAUCUGACAGACCUACCAUUGUUGGUACAUAUUUAUUAUGCCCAUUAAAUGAUUUUAUUGUCAUUGUCAUUUGUUCAUUGUUUGCGUGACUGGAAUGACAGCUAAAGAACAGUAUGUGGAUGCUAUAGCCUGAAUCUGUGCAGUGCACAGAAGUAUGUGAUAUUUAGGAGAAAGUGUAUGAUACGGCGCCAUGGCUUACAUUUGAAAUGAAAAACAACCAAACAGAUUUGGCAGAUGUAUCAGUACGAUUUUUACUUGUAUGAAUAAAAUAAUUUGUUUUUCCUAUUA